UAGUCUCUCAUUGGCUGGGAUGCUGUUGUCUGGGCAGGAGGAGACCAUCCUUCCUCCCGCUGGGAUAGUAAAGGAGUAGGUACAGUAGCAUCAAGUUGUAAGGUGCUUCUCUUCCUAUUGGGUCUGCAAAUGACGUAGAAUGGUAGAGCUCUCAGAGCUCUCCCUUUUGGCCUCUUGACUCCAUUUUAAACAAAGUUUAUUUUUAUUAAUUUCCACAGAAUAUAUGAUAUUCCCUAUCUUCAUAAACAUUCAAUUCUGUUCUUUAAGAAUCUCAGUGAUUCCUUGGUUUGGUGUAGCUGAACAUUUGCCGAUCCUGCAGGAAAACUCCCUGAAACUUGAUAAUAUACUCCUCAGUCAAAGUUACUUUUAAUAUUUACAUUCAUAAUCAAAUUAUUUGUCUAUAGGAUGUGCUGGACUUGGUUUGAAGAUCUAAGAGAGACUGAACGACAAUGAUUUCCAGUGACAGAAUUUUUGGGAUCUUCUUUAUCUUUCAAACUUGUAUUGGUUUCAUGGGGAAUUCUUUGUUAUUUACAUUAUAUAUGUACACUUUCUUAAUUCUUCCUCAUAAGAAGAAGCCUGUAGAUGUGAUUCUAGCCCACUUAACUUUGGCUAAUGCCCUGACACUUAUAUUCAGAGGGGUUCCAAAUAUAAUGUCAUCCUUUGGAAUUAAGCUGGAGAUGAGUGAUACUGGAUGUAAAACAGUGCUCUAUAUUCAGAGAGUUACCAGGAGUAUUUCUCUGUGCACAACCGCCCUUCAGAGUACAUUUCAGGCAGUGACUAUCACUCCAAGUGAUCAUAAAUGGGCCUGGCUCAAGAAGAAAAUCUCUACAUUCAUUCAACCUUCUUUACUUUUCUUCUGGACGAUCAACAUGGCCAUCUAUUCCGUGAUCAUUUUAAAAACUGUGGCCAGCAGGAAUACCACUGAAGGUGGAAUUGGGUAUUAUACUGCUUCUUGUAAAAGCAGUGCAUAUGAUCGACAGACGUCGUCAAUAUUUCUAAGUACUGUAUUCAUUCGAGAUUUGUUCUUCCUCUCCCUGAUGACAUGUAAUAGUAUCUACAUGGUGAGUAUCCUUUUCAGACACCACAGAAAAGCUCAGCACGUUCGCAGUACCAUCCAGUCUUCACAAAGCUCUCCUGAAAACAAAGCUACCCAUGUUAUUCUCAUAUUGGUGAGCUGCUUUGUUUUCUUUUAUUGGACCAGCACCUUUUUUACUGUUUAUUUAGUUUAUUUAGCUAAGAAAAACUAUCAACUGGAGAAAUUUAGUAACUUUUUUUCCUCAUGUUACCCAACCAUCUGUUCUUUCUUUCUGAUUAAAAAUGAAAAUAGAAUUUCUGGAAUACGUGUCAUGAAAACAAGAAUCAGAAUUUUUUCUUCCUAAAGAAAAAAUUGAUUAUAUGAAUACUCCUUAGCACUCUUCUGCACCAUAGGAGUCAUUUGUAUGAGUACAGAGUAACAUGCUUAUCAAUGAUAUGAGGUACUUAAAAAAAUUUUUUUUUAAUGUUUACUCAUUUUUUGAGACACAGAGACAGAGCGUGAGUGGGGUAGAGACAGAGAGA